AUGAAUCUGGCCGCCGACUGUCCCGUUGCCACCGGAAUCAUCAUGAGAUUCGCCGCCUCCGCCACCACGACAUCGCCGUUGUUCGAAGCAACUGUCCAGCGGUGGUCUCUUCGCCGUGUUCUGGAAGCUCCAUUGUCGCAGGGGCGGGGCGAAGAAGUUUUGAACGAUGAUGAUGUGGUGACGUUGAGAAGGCUUUGUCGGCAACGAGAUCUACAAUUGCAGUUGGAGAUGGUGUUGCUGGAAUCGGGGUCGGACGUUAAAAGUGAGGUCGGAGAGAUGAAAUCUGGACCCGAUAGCAGCGGACUCGGAAAAAUAAAAUUGGACUCGAUGAUAGCGAGAUCGGAGAGUUUAGCCUCUCAGUGGCGAAAUUCGGAGGUCGGUCGUGAUUGUGAUUGGGCCUCGGAGGAGUGA